ACUGAGGCACGCACGCGCGCGCGUCCCCGCGGCCCAAUGACAGCGCGAGACCGGAGCGGACGGAGACGCGAGGAGACGCUGACGGAGGAGCGCGGGCUGAUGGAGGCCAAGCCGCCGGUAUUAUAGCAGGAUGCAGUAACGCACCGUACCAGACACAAAGGGGCGGAGACUCUCAUCUGGCCACGGCCCCUGAUCUUCCCCACAACCCCAGAAGAUGUACAGCGGUGCGGCGCGAGGCGUCAGCCAUAUUGAGGGCAGCCCAGCUCGUUCUCCUCGCCUGCCCCGAUCGCCCCGUCUAGGACAUCGCAGGGUGACCGGUGCCAGCUCGGGUGCCAAGACUCUGUCCAUGGAGAACAUCCAGUCUCUAAACGCCGCCUAUGCUACAUCAGGCCCCAUGUAUCUGAGUGAACACGAGGCCGUGGGCUCCACCGCCACCUACCCGAGAGGCACCAUGACGCUAGGACGCGGUGCCAGCCGGGCGGUUUACGGAGGACGCGUCACGGCCAUGGGCAGCAGUCCUAACAUCGCGUCUGUGGGUUUGGGACCACAUGCAGACCUCCUCUCUUACGGUGAACUGGGCUCACUGGGCUCACUGGCCCUGCAGCAUCACCAGCAGGGGGCGCUUCAUGCACAGCUCCGGGACAUGCAGCGUGAGAACGAGAUCCUGCGCCGAGAGCUGGAGCUCAAGGAAAGCAAACUGGGUUCCUCAGCUAACAGCAUCAAGAGCUUCUGGAGCCCCGAGCUGAAGAAGGAGCGCGGGAUGAGGAAAGAGGAGGCGGCUCGUACCUCGGUGCUGAAGGAGCAGAUGAGGGUGACGCAUGAGGAGAAUCAGCACCUGCUGGACGCUCGAAGGACGAAGCACCUGCAGAUGACCAUCCAGGCUCUUCAGGAUGAGCUGAGGACGCAGCGUGACCUCAACCACCUCCUGCAACAGGAAAGCAACUCCAGACCUGCCGGAGCCGAGCACUUCACCACCAUCGAGCUGACCGAGGAGAACUUCCGCCGCCUGCAAGCCGAACAUGACCGCCAGGCCAAGGAGCUCUUCCUGCUGAGGAAGACACUGGAGGAGAUGGAGCUGAGGAUCGAGACGCAGAAGCAGACCCUGGGCGCCAGGGACGAGUCUAUUAAGAAGCUGCUGGAGAUGCUGCAGAGCAAAGGGCUCCCCCCGGUGACCGGGAGAACCUCGGAGGAGGAGGAGCAGGACAGGGCGAGGAGAAUCGCAGAGGCUGAGGCUCAGCUCGGACACCUCGAGGUCAUACUGGAUCAGAAGGAGAAAGAGAACCUUCACCUGAGAGAGGAGCUGCACCGAAGAAACCAGCUGCACCAGGACCCCAGCAAGACCAAAGCCCUGCAGACCAUCAUAGAGAUGAAGGACACGAAGAUCGCCUCUCUGGAGCGGAACAUCCGAGACCUGGAGGACGAGAUUCAGAUGCUGAAGGCCAACGGCCUGCUGAGCACAGAGGACCGUGAGGAGGAGAUCAAACAGAUGGAGGUGUACAAGAACCACUCCAAAUUCAUGAAGACCAAGAUCGAUCAGUUGAAGCAGGAGCUGUCGAAGAAGGAGUCAGAGCUGCUGGCUCUGCAGACCAAGCUCGAGACUCUGAACAAUCAGAACUCUGACUGCAAGCAGCACAUCGAGGUUCUCAAAGAGUCUCUGACGGCUAAAGAGCAACGAGCAGCUAUCCUGCAGACUGAGGUGGACGCUCUCCGGCUGCGUCUCGAGGAGAAGGAGUCCUUCCUGAAUAAGAAGAGCAAGCAGCUGCAGGACCUGACAGAGGAGAAAGGCACACUUGCUGGAGAGAUCCGUGACAUGAAGGACAUGCUGGAGGUGAAAGAGCGCAAGAUCAACGUGCUGCAGAAGAAGAUUGAGAACCUGCAGGAGCAGCUGCGGGAUAAAGAUAAACAGCUGGGGAACCUAAAGGACCGAGUGAAGUCUCUGCAGACCGACUCGACUAACACGGACACGGCCCUGGCCACGCUGGAGGAGGCACUGUCUGAGAAGGAGCGAAUCAUCGAGCGUUUGAAGGAGCAGAGAGAGCGGGAGGACCGGGAGCGCAUGGAGGAGCUCGACUCGUACAAGAAAGAGAACAAGGAUCUAAAGGAGAAGGUCAGCAAUCUGCAGGUGGAGCUUACAGAGAAAGAGUCGAGUUUAAUAGACCUGAAAGAACACGCCUCUUCUCUGGCCUCGUCCGGCCUGAAGAAAGACUCCAAGCUGAAAUCUUUGGAGAUCGCAAUCGAGCAGAAGAAGGAGGAGUGCAGCAAGCUGGAGACGCAGCUACAGAAGCAAGCCGAGCAGCUGUUCAAUCAGAUGAACAACCCUAAGGCCCAUGAGGUGGAGGUCCAGCAGGGUUCUCGGGGAAAUCCGGACUACAUGGAGCGAGUAAAGCUCCUGGAGAAGGAGGUGGCCUUUUUCAAGGAGGAGUCGGGAAAAGCACAGACUGAGGUGGAGAGGCUGCUGGAUAUCCUCCGUGAUGUGGAGAGCGAGAAGAACGACAAGGACAAGAAGAUUGCUGAGCUGGAGAGUCUUGCACCAAGGCAGGGCAAAGACCAGAACAAAAAGGGUCCUGGCAUCAAGCUUGGGCAGCAAGGAGAGAAAAAGGGCAGCGGCAUCCUGCCGGACCCUCGUAAGGACAACCCCAUGGACAAUGCCAAGAUGGAGGAGUUGAUGACGGUGCUGGAAAAGACUAGGCAGGAGCUGGAAGCCACUAAGCAGCGCUUGUCCUCGACCCAGCAGUCUUUGGCUGAGAGGGAUGGCCACCUGACCAACCUCCGACAGGAGAGACGCAAACAGCUGGAGGAAAUUCUGGAGAUGAAGCAGCAGGCCCUGCUGGCUGCCAUCAGUGAAAAGGAUGCCAACAUCGCCCUGCUAGAGCUUUCUUCUUCUAAUAAGAAGAAAACCCAGGAGGAGGUCAUGUCAUUAAAGCGUGAGAAAGAUAGGCUAAUGCAACAACUCAAGCAGCAGACCCAAAGCAGAAUGAAAUUAAUGGCAGACAACUAUGAAGACGACCACUACCACCCUCAUGGUCCCCCACACCACCUCCAACCAGGGCCACCCCACCCACAUCCCCACCCACAGGGCCCACCUCCUGCCCAGGGCCCGCCUCUGUACCCACAUGCCCCCCUUCCUCAACAGCAACCCCCUUACCCACACACCCUCCAUCCCCAACAUCCUCAGCCCCUACCUCCACACCCUCAUCCUCAACAGACACCUCAUCCACCAUACCCCCAACACCCCCAGCCGCCUGGCCCCCACCAACACCCACCCAGGCCCCAACAGCCUCACCCACAGCACCCGCACUCGGGUCCCCCUCCUCAGCAACACCCACAGCAUUCUCAACACGGGCCACCGCCACAGCAGGGCCCCCACCCCCAACACCCUCAACACCCCCAACACCCUCAACACCCCCACCACCCUCCUCAUGCUACCACUCAUGGGCCACACCCUCGACAUCCAGCCCCACACCACCGUGCCCCUGCCCGUGGGCCUCCCCAUCCAGGACACAGACCCACUCCAGAUCCGGAUGACGAGGAGGGCAUUUGGGCAUAACCAACCAAAGCUGUGCAGACCUUUUAUAGGGUGAAAGUUGGAGGUGCAUAACCAUGUCAUACAGAUGAAACAAUCCAUUAUCCAUUUGGCCGGACUCCCAUCAGACCGAUGCUUCAGUAGAGAGCCUUCACACUGAGGAAGAGGAGCAGGAGGGGUGUGAUUGUGUGAGGCCAGUGUGAAAACUCACACCUGAGCAGAUGGGAGAAGGAUCAGGAUGGAGAGAUAUGCAGGUCUGGAUGUUGGAGAUGCAGAUACACCUGGUGCCUGAUGGAGUACUGAUCAAAACAUCACUCUGGACACCUUUCCUGCACAAGAGCCUGUAAGAUGUCCUCACAUGCAGCUGACCUGCCUUCAUCCCUCUCACCUGCUUGUCUCCAGCCACUUCAGCGUGUCUGCUUGUCCACACCCCCUCUCUGACUCAGCAGCUGAGCCUGGACUGUGGGUCCUGCCAAUCCAAAACAAAAUCACUCAUUUCACACCUCUUCCUCAACUGCCAGAAGGUUCUGUGGUCAUGACUUUAAAAAACAAUGUUUGACAUUUGACAUUUGAAAUCCAUUGUCUAAAACAUUUUUACUGUUUUGUUACACAAUUAUCAUUUGAUAAACAUUUCAGUACAUGGUGUAUUUCAGCACUUAGUCUUGAGUAAGUUGGGGGCGGAGAUUGAGGGAAGUUGUUGUGAGCUGGUGUCUUCUUAGUGACAUUGUGGAGUUAGCUGGACAUCAGGGAAGGUUCGAGUCAGUACAGCUCCAUCGUGGGCAGCUGUCUACACUACAGUCAGGAUGACUCUUAGAAUCUGUGUCUUGCUGGUUGGAAAAUGCAUAUGUAACAGUUUGAGUGUGCCCCUUGACAUAAUCCUUUAAAAAAGGACCCUUGAUGACUGUGUCCAAGUUAAUGUAAUGAGAUAGCUAGCCAUGGAGUGAUGUGCAUAAUGUUUAGAAUAGUGACAGUGACUAACUAUCAAGCUAGCUAGCUAUUUGGUGAUUUCUCUUCAGUUACUCAAAUGCUAUACAGUUCUAUUUGGGAUCUUAAUUUAGCUUAAAUUAGCUAGCUAACUAAUUAGAUUUGGUUUACUAAGUGGUACUCAUAGAUGAGACCCCAUUGUUGUGACACUUGCUAGCUUACUUAACAGCAAGCUAACUCAGUCUAGCUAGUUUUAUCCAACCUCAUCAAAAUUUCCAAUUUAUAGUUUAAUCUGGUAUGUUGGUCAUCAUGUUUAUGUGAAUAGAUGUCAGGGUGCCUCUGUAAUCAAUACGUAAGCUAUACUGGUUGCUCUUUCUGCUCAUGUUUCUCAUUGGACUCUUGGUUUACACGUGACGCUACGCACCUAUGCACCUCCUCUGCCAUCCACUCUGGGCUGCUGUAUUCGCCCAAACCAUCAUCACCAUCAUUAUGAGGUAAAUCACCAAAAUGGGCUUAAAACAAAGGAAGUAGAAUCUUCUGCCCGACUCCAGGGUUUUAUUCCUUAUGGUGCUUUUAUUGGUGCUUUACACCUAAACCUGGAUGGAAACAGCCAUCGCUACACUGAGUGGUCUCCUGUUAUGAUGUGUCGCUUUGCUAUUAAUUGAGAGACACUUGAUUGGUCAAGGUUCCGGUCUGUGAUACUGAACGCGGGGUGUUUGGAGAUGAUUUCAGUAUACUCACCGUUCAUAUCAGAACAAAAUUAUCUGACUGUUGUUAUUUAAAGUCAAAUUUGUUCUGUAACCCACAGAGUCCAGGAAGAUAAUGAGGCUCAGGACAUGAUCAGGUCAAAGAUCACAAGUUUAAGGACUGAUUGUCUCAUUCCCUUCCUGUACCCUCAUAACUUCCCUUAAGAAUGACACCCUAAACCCUAAUCACCGAUCCUGAGCCUCGUAUCUGGACAAAACAGAUCCAUACACCAGGGUAUAUACAGUGAUGGUCAGAAUCUUCUGCCCACAAAUGUAAAAAAAAAAAAAAAAAAAAAAAAAAAAAAGUAAAAA